ACUGGUAGUCCGUUAUCAUAAGAACGCCACGGUUUUCUAAAAUUAAAAUUAUUAUAUUUAUACACGUUUGGAACAUUGGACCGAUUCAGUGACAUCAUUUGAAAAAAACAACAUGUUUAUAGGGGAUAACAUUAAGAACAAAAUCACAGUAUCGUCAUGCAACUGUGACAUCCACAUGACGUGCCUUCAACAAAGGCAAUCUGUAACAAACCCUUACUGUUCCAAAAUGGUCGAUGGUGUAACGAUAUUCGAGUGGUUGCCGGAGAGAAGAAACUGCCCAGGUUUCUGCCAAGAGUUUUCAUUAAUGUUAUUUUCUAUAACAAUAUGGUGUUCGAUGCUCAUAGCAUGUGGAAUGAAAGCAGUUGGAUUUUUCCUAGAAGCCAAUGAUCAAAAUGCAUUCCCCAAUGGGAUAGUCAUGACUAUUAUAGUUUUCUCAAUGGCUGCCAUAUUGUGGUUAUGGCUCAUAAUUUUUUCAUCGAUAUGGAAGCGUAUAGACAUGGUGAUACGCAAGAACAAAAAUUAUUUGAACGUAACCGAAGAUAUCAACUCUGCAUUUGCUGUCUGAUAAGACAGGCUAAUUAUUUGUAUUUUCUAAUAUUAAGAUUAAUUGCCACUUACUUAAUUGUUUAUUUUUAUGCAAUGGUAG